UCACAUUAAUUCUUUCAUUUAAAUCACAUCAAAAUGCGUGCCGUUAGAAUGGAUAUAGUUUAAAUUUAAUAAAAGCAAUAGAACUCCAUUUAUAAAUGAUAAAAAUAUAAUAAUCUAAGUGUGUGCUCAGUAAAAUUCAAUGAAUUCAAAAAGUUGGACGCAUCGAAUGAUAAAUGCAAGAACUAUACCGAUCAAGAGAAAUGUUUCAAGUUGCUCCUAGAAUGGAUAAUCUAUUUUCUACAAAUUCAUUUGUAAAGAAAGUCAAGUCUCAUGUGACUGGCUUUCUUCCUUCAAAACUGACCAAGUGGUUGGGCGCUAAGUCGCGGCAGAGGGAAGAACUAGGUGAUGAUGAUGAUACCUACGAACUUCAACCGCCACCGAAACGUGCGAAGACUCAUAGCCACGGCUUUGACAUGAACCAUAUUACGACACCUUUGCAUUCACAAUUACCGAAUCCAUUUAGCCAAGAGUUCCGGGAGCCGGUUCCAGGACCGUCGAUUACAACACGCAAACUAGUGCUACCAGUAUCCAAUCACUUCAAUCAAAAUCAGGCAGAUCAAACAAAUGGAGUUGACUCUGAUAGUGGAGAGUCAACCAGUGGUUAUUCAUCAAUGCCUAGGAUUGGCAGCAAGGAACAAGUCUCAGAAUUACCAGGACACAAUAAUGCACAAGCAAAUCACAACAACAGUACAAUUGUAGGAAACAAGAGCAUUUUUAACACAUCAAUUCCUACUGAGAGAAGUUUAUUUGGAGAUCACUUUACCAGUCCGAGAAGAUCACACUCGUCGCUUAGUUCGCGGCGGCCGUCUUUCAAUGCAUCCGCAUUUGGUGCGCCGAACUUUAUGGACAAAACUCUAUCAACACGACGCAUCUUCAACUCACCAUUCUACAGCGGUCGAAUUACUUACGGCGGCGCAUCAGCUUACAAUCGCAGCAUACUGAAUACGUCUCCCGAACAAGCACCACUGAGCCCCUCUGUACGACCCAAAAGCGUCAAUGAGAACAAAAAUGCAGCGCUGAGCAAAACAGCAAAACGUAUACUAGACACACUCGAGCAAUAUACAUCUCCCGCUCAGGACGUUCGACGCAUUCCCACGGAUCACCGACGAACGCCGCGCCCUGAAGGUCUUAUAGGCAAGUAUGUGGGUGCUUGUCCCUACACGGUGCGUGAAAGCAACAAAUUGCCAUCGCAAAGGGAGCUACAAGUGCCCACAAUGUCUGAUUUACUUAAAAUGAAAUUAAAAGAACGCUUGCAAGACAGUACGUCUACAAUGCGCGACAUUGCAAACCACUCUAGUGGAUCACGCAAUGGUGAAGAGUACUCGAUUAGGAAUAAUGACGACGAUAAGCUAACGACGGGUAAAAAUACGAAUAAAAUCAAGACGAAAGUCUCGUCUGUUAGGCAGAAGGGUACUCCUGCAGAUGAGGUAGUGCCCGAGGUUAAACUACCUGACGUCCAGCUACCAAUAUCGACACUUCCCACUUUUAACUUUUCGAUUCCUUUUGGCAAGCCAGAAAUUCCUAAGAAAUCUGCUGAAGUGCCAGAGUCUAGCGUUUCAGAUAAACCCGCAAUUCGUUUUGAUAUGGAUGAUGACUCCAGAGAAUCGAAAAGUAACACCAAUACUACCUCAUCAAAAACAAUUGCGGCACCAGCGAUUAAUUUCAAUAGUCCUGAAGUUAAGUCUACGCCAAUUGCGUCACCAAUUAGUAAACAACCUGCACUUCCAAAAUUACCCUCCGUUCUGCAAGAAACCAAGCAGUUGGUGAAGAGUACUACAACAAAUGGUGUGGUGUUCAAGUUUUCCAAACCGUUGGUGAUUGCUGAAAACAAAUUCAAGUCGAUUAAGGCAAUCAACAACUUCAAAUUUAGCGAUCCGUUGGUAAAGAAAGUUCUAAACGGCUUGCCUGAUAUCAAAAAGAAAUCUGAAGCGCCGGCGGUCGUUCUUCCGAAGAAUGGAUUUGGAGACAAGUUUAAAGUUGGUUCUGAUAAAUGGGAGUGCACGGAGUGUAUGGUAAGGAAUAUCUCGACUGCAACUACCUGCAUUUCAUGCACAACACCAAAAGCUACAACAAAAUCAACCCUGAAUGGACCAAUAAAAACAACGGCGAUUAGCACUACUUCGUCGUGGGGAGACAAGUUCAAAGCACCUAGCAGUAGUUGGACAUGUUCAGUAUGUAUGAUUCCAAAUGAUGCUGCUAAGGAAAAGUGUGCAGCUUGUGAAAGUCCUAAACCCAAAGCAGUUACGUCAACAACUCAAAUACCAACCACAGUUACCAGCUUUGAAGGCUUCUCAAAAAAGACCGAUGAAUGGCUGUGUCCAAGUUGCAUGGUGAACAAUGCAAUCACGAAAGACAAAUGUGUGUGUUGUGAAACGCCUAAACCUGGUGCGAAACCACUCGUAACACAAUCCAAGCCCCCAACGGUGACCUCGUCAUGGGGUGAUAAGUUCAAAGUUCCUUCUACCACGUGGGAGUGUUCAAUGUGUAUGAUCCGAAACAACGUUGACAAGGAUAAAUGCGAGGCGUGCGAAAAUCCUCGACCUGCAGGAAUUGCACCACCGAAAGGCAUCGACGGAUUCAAGAAGAAGGAGACCGAAUGGGAGUGUACCAGUUGCAUGGUGCCGAACCCCAGCAGUAAGGAGAAGUGUGUAUGCUGCGAGGCGCCGAAGCCCGGCAGCAAGACAGUGCCAACUGCUCAAGUAAAAGAAGUUCCUAAAUUUAGUUUCGGCAUUGAAAACGGUUUAAUCAACGGACAGGGUUUCAUGUUUGGUAUUCCGCCUGAUAAGAACGUAAAGACAGACGAGAAAAAGGUUGAUUUUGCGGCGGCGGAUAAGACGACGGCAAGUAGCACACCUAGCACGCAAUUUUUAUUUGGAAUCAAGUCUCCCAACGGUGCCAAAACAACUCUACCAAGCUUAUCCGAAGUAGCAUCUACUGCUACGCCUAAUGCGGCAACUCCUGCGUUUUCGUUUGGGAUUCCAACUGCUAAUAAACGUCCAGCAUCUAAUGAUGAAGCUGAUGCACCCAAAACAGCGAAAAAAACUGAAUCAUCGGGAAUUACUUUCCCACUUAAUCCCAUGAAUGGAAGCUUGGACAAGGCGGAAGCGCCGAAAGUAGAUCCACCCAAAUUUACAUUUGGUGCAAUCAAUAACUCACCUGCGGUGGCGACCAACAACGUAUCGUCGUUAUUUGGUACAGACGCAUCUAAAUCAACAGAAACAAAAACACAAACUGCAGCAUUCGGAGCAAGCACAACGACGUCAAUUCCAACGUUUUCCUUCAAUGCAACACCGUCAACCCUGACGACACCGAAGAAUGAAGCCAAUGCUACUACUCCAACAGCAGCUUUAGGUACAACACUUGGCGCUGAUAAGUCUGCAACGCAGUCAACAAUGUUUAAGUUUGAUUCCACGGCACCUACAGCUGCACCAGCGCCUACUUCAAUGUUUAAUGCUGGCAGCACGGCGACCAAUGGAACAACGCCAGCUCCAACGUUCAACUUUUCUGCAUCGAAGGCUCCAGUAAAACCGGCCGAAAGCGUUGCACCGACAUUUAAAUUUGGAGCAACAAAUAACGCCAAACCUACUGCAAGCACAUUCGGUGCAACACCGGCACCUACAUUUGGCGCCGCAAGUGGUACCACAAGUAUGUUUGGUGCAAAUGCUGCGGCUACUAGUAACGUUUUCGGUACCUCCAAUCCAACAGCGGCCGCUCCAGCAGCCCCGACUUUUGGAAGUGGUAUGAGCUUUGGUAGUAAUGCCGCUCCAAACUUUGGUAGUGCUGCACCGACCGCCUACGCUCCGACUAAUGCGAGCGCAUUUGGUAAACCGGCGUCCAAUGGGGUGUUCAGUUUUGGAACAAGCAGCAACUCAACAAACGAUCCUAAACCUGCAUUUAAUUUCGGCGCGUCUGCCGUUACUCCGGCGGCGGGAACGUUUAGUUUUGGCUCCUCAGCUAGUACACAAAAUACUAACGGAGCUUUUAACUUCGGCGGUAAUGAUAAUACGGCAGGCCCCAACUUCAAUGCCGCUGCAAAACCUGCAUUCAACUUCACGGCUGGAUCAGCCGCUCCAGCAGCAUUAACGGCCCAACCUAACGAGACAAAAGGUAGAGUAAUACGAAAAGCGGUUCGGCGAGCACAGCGAUAGUAGGUGUUGCCUGUGUGCACAACUUUUUUUUAAUGAAGUAAGUGAUCUGUGAAAAUUGUAUGCGUGUGUGAGCGAGCAGUGUCUGGCUAACAAGACGGUUGCUGUAGGAUUUAGUCUUGAUAUUUAGUGCUCUUUGAUUAUUAUGAUAAGAAAAACGUGUAUGUUUUUGUUUGCAAAGUCGAAACAUACGAAGCAUGGAAGCAAUCGAUGGGUCGCACGAGCCAAUCAACGACGAUUGAUUAUGUUACCUAGGUUACACUUAGUUUAAUUGCGGAAUUAAUGGUGGGAUGAUGGACUUACUUCAAAUUUGCCGGUCGUGCGGUUGUAAACAUUUGCGAGGUGCGCGCCAUCCGUAAAAUCAAUUUCGAUCCAAGUUGUAAUAUAAUGUUGACUAUUUAGAAUUUAUAUAUUGUACACACACACAUAUCGGUGGAUGUCGUCAGGGCAGCCUGAGAAAUGUUUACAAUUCAUCGGCCUAGUUGAGUUUUUUUUUUCUGUGUAGCGCGUUUGUUUUGUCACUAGUUACGAUUGGGAAUCCUACAAUGUGUAAUGUAUAAGCUGGCGCGAGGGUGGAAAUUUAUAUAAUUAAUGAAAGUACAUUUAUAAUUAAUUUAGUCGUAACGAUCUACUGCUAAGGAACAUGGUCUGAUCCAUAGAAUGUAGAAUUUUAUAUUAACAAGUGAAAAACACAUGCACGAACAAAUCGUCUUGUUCGUGGUGUGCAUGAUGAAGGCAACUCGCGGCACUUCAUCGCUGAUUUAUACUAAUUAAGAGUGUUAAUAAUGCAAUAUUAAUGCUGAUGCGAUUUUAAUGCUUCAUUGAUUACGCAAUCGGAAUUAAUAUUAUGACCGCCGUCAUUGGCUUCUGUACUGUGAUAUUCUUAUGGGUCAGGCCCUCGUUGAAUGAAAACACUAUUUAUAAAACUGGAAGAAAAAAAACACAACAAACAAACUCGUAACAAAUGAUAAUUAAAACAAAAUACGAUGAAUAUUUGUGACUGGCAUUCGCUAAACAGGCAAAACAGACUGAAACUUAUUACUGGUGGAACUCAAAACUUUGUAUUAUGCAAAUUUGCACAAUAAUCGCCAUGUAUCCGCAUAGCAUUACUGAAAUGGGACAUCUUUUAUAUUAUUUAUAUUAAAAUGUGAAUUGUGACUGCAACCUCGAAUACAAAAAAAAAGCGAAGCAACAAUGUUUUGUCUGUUCGUGAUUCCAGCGUAAAUAAAUUAACUUACCUAUUCUAUUACGAAUAAUUAAUACGAUAUAUACACGUAGAUGUGUAUAUAAUAAACAUGUGAAAAGUAGACUCACUCCUUGAUAUAUUUUUCAACAGUGGCUAUUGAAAAAGGUAAAAUCCAACCAUAUUUAUUCAAAUGUACAAAGAUCCCGUUUAUGCGACUCUUGGAAUUGGUCAACGCAACUUUCCGCGGUGCAAGCCUAGUCUUGCAUUCGAGUAAAUAUGGUCACUACGAAUCAAAGACAAAACAAAACACACAAACUACUGUACAUAAUUUUUUAUAAGUUAAAGAGAAAAACAUGGAAUGAAACUGAAUGUGAUAGUAGCCGAAAAUAUUGUGCGUUUUGUGUUAUUUAAAUUCAGGUAAUUCUCUUAUCAGUUCUUAUUCAACGGAGCAAACGAGUGUGUAUCAAUCGUACAACGGCUCUGAAAAACGUUAUAAAAUUUCCCAUACAUCAAAAACAAUACAAUUAAAAAGGAGUUAGACUGCUUAUUCUGUAAAUAUAUUAUAUUUUCAUUUAUCUUGUAAGAAUCAAUCCCCCCAUCAAGUUGCUGCAAAUUUCCUCAACUUCAUCUUGUCACAAUACGUUUGGGUCAGUUAAAUUCUAAUUUCACGCGUUUGGGAAAUUUUCAGCAAGUGUGUGCCUAUAUUUUUUUAUUUGUAUUUUAUCAUAAUUUCUCAAUUUUUUUCUCACCAACUCCUUGGGUCGAUUCCGCGAUUCUGGCCUAGUCUUGCUGAAAUAACAUAUUUCGUGUUUGCUAUUAAGGGCAAAACAUUUUAAUUCCCGAUUUUCGUUCAGUGGUUAUGAAAUUUCAGUUUGAAAAAUUGAGCGAAGCAAGCCAGCAAGUUUCAAGAAUGUUAUACCAAUUUCUGUUAAUAAAAAUUGUUUGUUUUUGAUUAAGUUAAUAAAAUAUACACAUAAGUAAAUAAA